ACUCUCCUGUUCACCUACCUCUCUGAUCGCGUCUCGCGUUUUCCCCCAAGGGACCGUAGUUCAGAUCAAGUGCUCAUAAACAACUAUUCUGCUGACACUGCCGGCCGCGGUAUUACUUAUACUACCGUUUCUCAUCCCACACAACGCCAUCGCAAUGGCAGGACUCGUUGGCUACGCCAGUAGCAGCGACGGGGAGGACGAUGAUAUUCCACAACAGGAACAGAUGCAGACGGAGGUGGCUCCGACAAACCCCGCAGUAGCUAGCCAUGAAGCCAUAGAGAAGCCAAAAACACCGCUUAGCGACAUGCCCAGAGCAUCAGAGGCUGUGUCAUUAGCACAAGGGCCGCCCCUCGGACCUCAGCUUGGCCCCCAGCAUGACCCUGAGGCUCUUAAGGAUGCGCCAGUGCUAGGGCCCAGCCUACCAACAGGGGAAGAAGCCAUUCAGAUGCAGACAGACGCAGAUGCAGCCGCUUUCCUAGACAGCCUGGACCCGUCGUCACGUCCCCAGUCGCCCUACACGGCCGACCGGGCGUUGCUGCGAGACCUGACGCUCCCUCCGGUCCCCAACCUGGACGUUCCACCUUCGCCUCCAGGAACUCCGCCUCCCAGCCUUGGAGCGCUGACGGCCAAGUUUGAGACUUUCCUGGAGCUGAAGCGGAAAAAGGGAACACACUUCAACGCACGCCUGGCUCAGUCGACGGCCAUGCGAAACCCGUCCCUGAUGGACAAGCUCCUCGACUUUGUUGGGCUCGAGGACCCCGUCGCGGCUGGUGAAACAAAAAGCCGGCCGGGAGCCUCCAAAGGAGCACCGGCGCUGGCUCCUACAAACUCGGUGGCGGACCAGUACAUCACGGUCCUCCCGCCCGAUAUCUGGGACCCGACAAGCCUUCCCGAAUGGGCCUUCCGUGGCGAACUGAGGAAAGCACAAGAGAAGGUUCAGAAGGAGCGGGAGGCCGAGAGGACAAGCGGCCAGAGGGAUGCCAUUGAGUUUGUGUCCUCGUCUUCUGCCCGGCGGGCAUGAAGCGGAGGACGAGGCUAGACAAGCCACAACCAAUAGAAGAUGCAAAGCAUGCGGCCCGCCAAUGCGCCAGACUUUUGCCAUGGCAGGAGUCUAUAUCUAAUCAUCUCGAGUGGCCGAGGUUGGAUAACCCGGGAUUAUCGCUUCGGCCAGUUCACAUAAUGGCCGGCAGCGGCUAGCUACACGAUUCGUAUUCAUCCAGGAGCUUGAUAGCUCGCCAUAAUGCAAAAGAUAAACAAAAUACCGACCCAUCCGUGUCCCAGCAUUAAGCACCGCUGCCACACCACAGAUUCGCACUCAGCCCAUGGUAUCAAAAGAUGGACAAAAACGAGAAGGAAUUCCAAGCACACAUUCCUGGCCGGCUCAGACUCGACAGGUUGCGGCCGGAUGGCGAGUCCUACGGAGGACUAGCUCAGCCAUUAUCCUAACCGUCUCGAAUCCACAGCCGACGCCUUCAUUACUCACUCCAUUACCAAUACCUCCAUCGUCAUCUCUUCAAGACCUGCAAGCGAUGGUUACGUUGCGGUGCCUCAGGGCGCCCCCUAUGUCGAUGUUGACGGUCUGGUUCGCGCUAGCGAGCGAGUCAGCGAAGUAGCUGAGGCGCUGGCCGUUGUUGACAACGUCCUUGCCGCGCAGCUGGAAGGGCACGCUGCCCGUCUCGCAAGCGGGCCUGGUGCUCAUGAAGGUGAGCACAGGCCCGUUCUCGACCUUGGCGUUCAUGGGGAAGGUGUUGUUGCCCGGGCGCAGGAUCAUGUUGUUGAUGAAGACGGUGCCGAUCUCGGCGCCGUUGAGGUAGUUGUGGAAAGUGGCGUUGCCCUGAGUCGGCAAAAGUCAGCAUAACGCACAUGCGGUUUUUUCCUCAACGACAAGCCGCGACUUCAUUAGACUCACAAUCUCAAACGUCACCUGCGAGUGGUUGGGGAUGUCGACCAUGCCCUUGAAGUUGUUCCCCUGGGCGUCCCCCGUGAGGGAGAUGGCUGGGUCCCUCACGACGGUGCCCUCGAACAGGCGCAGGCCGGGGACGGUGAGGGUCUUCUUGAAGAGCACCGGGUAGGCGCGGUCGAUUCCCCUGACGCGCACGGUGGUGUCCCCCCUCACGGUGACGCGCAGGGUCUCGUUUAUGAGCAGCCACGUGUUGUAGACGGUGAAGGCGUCCAUGUCGUCGAUCGGGGUGAACUGCUCGAUCCGGACCUCCUGGUAGGCGUCACUCGUGGUCUCGGGGAAGUGCACGCGCGCAAAGGGCCGCUGGGGCGCCCAGUCCUCGAGGUACAUGACACCCUCGAAGCCGGCGAUGGUGGCGUGGACGGAGCCGUCGGUGCGGAUGACGCUGUCGAUGCCCAGGGUGAAGUUUUCGCUCUGCGUGUUCAGGGCGGAGAAGGCCCGGAUCUCGAGCUGGGCCUCGUCAAUCUUCUUUUGCGCGAUCUUGGGGACCGCGACAAGGAUUCUGGUUGGGGUUCAGUUUUAGCCUCAUUUCUUCUUCUGUGUCUUGUCUCCCAAACUGACAAGCUCGCGGCACGUCUUUGCUUCCGCGACUUACAAGACAGGCACCAAAAUGACAACGAGGACGAUCAGGCCGAGUAGAUACGCCCACCACUUGCGCUUCAUGUGGGCGCCACAUCCCCUCUUCUUGCCGGAUCCUGCCGCGGCG